AUCAGAAGUCACUAUAAAUAAGUAGGCCUAUGGUGACUACAUGUGUUGCCACGUAAACUAGCCGAAAUGCAUCGGAAUAAAACAAGAUUAGCGCGAAUGUGCUCACUUCUCAGACUGCUCGUAGAUGAGAAUUCUCUCUGCCCCUCACCCCACUCAACCACCCCCUCCCUUUCUCCCUCUUUGAUACACACAGGAGAUUUCAUCAGCAGCAGUGCUGGUGUUGACAGCCAAGAUUUUCCUUAGUAUCCGUCUCCCCGUUGGUCUGGGCUCCCAAGGUUAGUUUUUGGGAAAGGCCCAUAGACUACCCUGCUCUUCCCAUCUGGCUUCGCGUGUGGACCUGAAACAUGCUGCGGAAAAGAGGCUGACGAUCGGACUGUGUGCUCCAAAAAUGAUACCGGAGAUGUAGUGUAGUGGGGAACACCUCUUAUGACACUCCACUGCACGGCGAGUUGCAUUGAUAGGCGGCCGAAGACCAAAAAAAAUGUCGACCAAAACUCCUUUACCAACCGUGAAUGAGCGUGAUGCGGAGAAUCACAUGUCAGUGGAUGGCUCCCGAGAUGCCCCAACACCGCCCACAAAGACCAGCAGCCGUCAGAGUCUUCCUCGGUGUCGCAACUCCACAUCCGAUGAGCACCCACAUAUUGGAAACUACCGCCUCCUCAAGACCAUUGGCAAGGGCAACUUCGCCAAAGUCAAGCUGGCACGUCAUGUUCUAACAGGAAGAGAGGUUGCAGUGAAGAUAAUAGACAAGACACAGCUGAAUCCUACCAGUCUACAAAAGCUCUUUAGGGAGGUUCGGAUAAUGAAGCUGUUGAAUCAUCCAAAUAUAGUUAAAUUAUUCGAAGUCAUAGAAACAGAGAAGACACUUUACUUGAUCAUGGAAUAUGCCAGCGGAGGUGAGGUGUUUGACUACCUAGUGGCUCAUGGAAGAAUGAAAGAGAAAGAGGCUCGGGCAAAGUUUCGACAGAUAGUGUCUGCGGUGGAGUACUGCCACCAGAAGAUGAUCGUGCACAGGGAUCUGAAGGCAGAGAACCUCCUGUUGGACGCAGACAUGAACAUAAAGAUAGCAGACUUCGGCUUCAGUAAUGAGUUCACCAUGGGCAGCAAGCUGGACACCUUCUGCGGCUCCCCGCCUUAUGCCGCCCCUGAGCUCUUCCAGGGGAAGAAGUAUGAUGGGCCUGAAGUGGACGUGUGGAGCUUAGGAGUCAUCCUAUACACACUGGUCAGCGGAUCGUUACCUUUUGAUGGCCAAAACCUGAAGGAGCUAAGGGAAAGAGUUUUGAAAGGGAAAUAUCGCAUCCCCUUCUACAUGUCCACAGACUGUGAGAACCUGCUCAAGAAGCUGUUAGUGCUGAACCCCGUGAAGAGAGGCAGCUUAGAGCAAGUGAUGAAGGACAGGUGGAUGAACGUGGCCCAUGAGGAGGAGGAGCUGAAGCCAUAUACUGAGCCGGAACAGGACAACAGUGACAUCAAGAGGAUUGAGUUGAUGGUGACGAUGGGAUUUCCUAAGGAUGAGAUCCUUGACUCUCUGGCGGGGCAGAAGUAUGACGAAGUUAUGGCCACUUACCUGCUACUUGGUAGAAAAACACCAGAGUUUGAAGGAAAUGAAUCGGUGUCCAGCAACCUGUGUCUGAGAACACGGCCCAGCAGUGAACUCAACAACAGCAUCGGUCAGUCCCCCAACCCCACCAAUGUCCAGCGCAGCAUCUUGACCAGUCAGAAGCAGCAGCGACGCUUCAGUGAUCAUGUGGGCCAGUGUGUUUCUCCAGCGGUGUCUGGCUCAAAGCAUGCUCAGAUCAGCACUGUGGAGGGUGAACAGAGGGAGGAACAGGACCCUUCAUGUAAGUCCACCUCCGCUGGCUCCAAAACUGAUCUCCAAGCCUCACCUUCACAUGCUGCUGACAAGAAGAAGGUCUCUGCCACAUCAGGGACGAAUGGGGACAAAACCCGCAGGAACACGUAUAUGUGUGAGCGCUCGGCUGACCGCUUCUCCGCCAUCUCCAAUGGAAAAGACAGCACUUUAACUGAGGUCGCCAGCCCCUCUCCCUCUGGAGCCUCGUCCAACCUGGUGCCUACACGCCCUCGACACACCAAGUCCAUGUCAGCCUCAGGCCACCCCUCCAAAAGCACCCUGCCCCCUAUCCAAGACAACAGCGAAUACGACCCAGGUUCCACGCCCCGGCCCCCCUCCACUUCUCCUUCAGCCCACAGCAUCAGCACCCCAGACCGCACACGGUUUCCGCGAGGUACUUCCAGCCGCAGUACAUUCCAUGGAGCUCAACUCCGUGACCGCCGCAGUGCCACCUACAACGGCCCGCCUGCCUCCCCCACCCUCUCCCAUGACACGGCCGCUCUCGCGCAGGCUCGCCGUGGCACAUCCACCGGCAUCAUCAGCAAGAUCACCUCCAAGUUUGUCCGAAGGUUAUCGCGGAGGUUUCCAAGUGAAGGUGAAGCAAGUAGCAGAAUGGACCCUCCCAGGAGUGCUUCAGGAGAGCCCAAAGAGGAGAGCCGUGACUGCAAGCCCCGCUCCCUGCGCUUCACCUGGAGCAUGAAGACCACCUCCUCCAUGGAGCCGGGGGACAUGAUGCGUGAGAUCCGCAAGGUGCUGGAUGCCAAUAACUGCGACUAUGAGCAGCGCGAGCGCUUCCUCCUCUUCUGCGUCCAUGGUGACGCACGGCAGGACAGCCUGGUCCAGUGGGAGAUGGAGGUGUGCAAGCUGCCCCGCCUCUCGCUCAACGGUGUGCGUUUCAAGAGGAUAUCUGGUACAUCCAUUGCCUUUAAGAACAUUGCCUGCAAAAUUGCAAAUGAGCUAAAGCUGUGAAAAGAACAAAGCUUAAGUGGUGAAAAAUGUAUCUGACUGAGAGGAUCGAAAGGAGUCCAGUCAGAUUAGAUGAGCAUCUACUCGGUAAAGAUCAACAUACUGAGGGCACAAGACAAUGAUGCAAUAGGUCUGGAUACAGCUGCAAUCUUGGUCCAUUGACAAAAAUGAAGCCCAAACAGAGACCUUUGAGUUUCUCUCCACACAGCCCUAGUUUCUCAACAGCCUGCUUCUGUACUCCAGUCUCUUUCAUACAGCACAUGGCCUGAAGACAGACAGCCAUCCAUGCAAUAAUGUUGCUCACCUUCUUCUCCUUAAAACUAUAACUUUCAGUUCUGUCUACUGAAUGGCCGUAAAAGAGGCGAACCAAAUGUGCUUUUCCACUUGUACAGGUGAACAUGUGAAACUGCCCAUUUCCUUUUAAUCUUGUUACAGCUGUACUAUGCUAAACAUGUAUGCAUAACACCGCAGGUGCUGUAUAGUUGCUUUGAUUUCUGUAAAAAAAGAUAUGAUAACUGUAUAAUAGCUACCAUUUUGGAGAUUCAUCCAUGUGUCCUAAUAGACAUAAACGUUAACCUAUGUUCUAACAAGUUUAAUUUUAUCCUUGUUUUGUAAGUAAGAGACACUGUAUGUUCAUUCUUUACAUGGUAACAAACUGUAUAUAAAUUAUUUGAAAGAUGUGAAAUGGCAAGUUGGAUGAUAAUAAGAAUCUUAUCACAUGUCCAUACAUACUCCCAAAACACUCAAAAACACAUGUUGAUAACUAUAUUGAUCUGUAUUGGCUAUUGCGUCUCCUAUGAGCAGUGAUGUUAUGUAUUCACAAAGCCCCUCUGCACUUGCACAAGUUUUACUUUGAUCACCACAUCCCAUAUGGUAAUACUGUUUUAUGUUUUUUUUGCACAGUUUAGUUUAGAUUUAAAGUGUAACUGCACCCAUUUGUUUGAGCUGUACACUCAAUUUGAUGACUGAACUUUGAUGAAAAACAUCAAUGCUGGUGUUAAUAUUCCCAUUUUUAUAAGAAACGGCAUUUUAUGUGCUGAAAAUGGCUCAUCCAAGGCCAAUGCUGACGUAGAAAUGACUGUUUGGUACAUCUCUAGGUCAUGAUCUCAGCCGAGAGCAUUGAGGAGAUGGAGAGCCGCAAACAUACGAUCACUUCUAUGUCGAUGCAGAUCCCCCUUUAUGCAGAUCAGAGAAAGUCCCAUUGAAGUAAAUGGAGUCAUGUGGGAUUUCACCAAAUGAUUCAUUGCCUAUUUUUUCUCUGUGGAGUGGUUAGGAGUCUUUUGGAGCCAUUAAUCAUAAUCCACAAUUGGUUGUGAUAAUUUUCAGCCUAAUACUGUCAGUUGUCAGUAAGCUGAUUUGGAGAAAAUUAAUUUUAUUUCCUCCCAUGCGGCUGCCUGUCUACCUACUUGCAGCCUAGUUGCUAUCUAGCUAAAUUAGCUAAGGUAACUUUUUAGUGUUGUUUCUAUGAAAUGAUAACUAGCUAGCUUACAUAACUGACUGUACGUAACGUACAUAACAUAACGCUAAAACUGACGUUUGAAACUCAUUAAGUUUACUGCAACAACACAAGUCAAACUCUUAUAGUCCUUAGCUGCUAGUGACUUAGCUCAUGUUAGCACAUAUUAGAAAUGUUGCUACAGAUCCCUUAGGUUUAUGUAGCUUCCUAAGCUACCUAUUAUAUUAUUAAUUUCAUAUCCGAAAGAGUAAUACAGCACACUAAUUAUUGUCUUAUUGUUUAUUAAGAGGAAAAGUUUAUGGUGUGACACUCCCACUUAUGAGUCCCAAUUGAGCUCCCAUCAAGAUGAAUUGCAUACACGGUUUUCUAUCCCGGUUAGUAUUCUUAAAUCUUGGCCUCGGCCCCUUGGCCAUUCCUUAACGUUUUACAAAAAUAUGCAGUGGGUGGAGUCAAGAUCAGAGCUGAGAAAGUGGUCCUCACUGCAGACCAUGAGAUCCAGGGGGUGAAUGACUGGUCGAUCCAACUCUCUCUGCUGCAUUUCGAUUGGUUCAGGUUCUGGUUGCAGUUUGGCCACAAGACACAUAACAUUAAACACGUUUUGUUGCCCUACCAUUUCCUCAUUGUGAACAGUCAUAAUAAAGCAAGCCAACCUGUUAAUGCAAAAACAAACCUGAAAGGUUUAUAAUAUAGGGCAGGAUUUCCAGUUACAAAUCUGCCAUAUUUAGUGUUGCGGUUUCCCCCGUUUGCCCAUUAAUUUUCCUGUCAGUGAUUUGUCUCCAUUCUAACGUCUGCUUGACCUUGACCAGCUACUUGCGAGCUCCACACGACUAUGGGCUGCAAUUUUACAAACAUGUUUGUUAAUCUGGUGGAGCAGAAUAUAAAGUAGGUGGAAUUGAAUCUGGAUCCAUUCUCGCUCCCUGGAUCUCGUGUUCUGCAGUGAGGACCAUCUCGAACUGGGGGUGAAGUUACACUUUAAUGAGAAUUGUUGACAAGUUGUAUUUAUUGUGUGUGUGUGUGUAUGUGUGUGAGAGAGAGAUAGAGUGAGGUGUGCUGCUUUACAAUGAUGACAUCCCAAGGUUUUAUUUCCAUUUCUGUAGUAAAAAGGGGUGGAUGAAGUGUGUGAGACCACUUGGAGUAAUAAGGUGCCGUUUUAUGUUUAUCGUGGAACUUGCUUCUACACUGCUCACUGGUGGGUCUUUCACAGUAAUCCUGACAUAGCGAUUCAUUCCAACCCCUCAGAAAAUUUGCAACCAGGAGAGGUUGUUGACAUCCUUAGUUAGUAGAAAAUGGAAUUGAUAUCAGCCAACCUGGUGCUCCAGAGGCAUUGUGCUGGAUCUAUAUUCCGUUUUUCAAAGAUGAUCCGUCCACAAUUACCCACCUCACUGGAAUGAGAAAUGCACUUCAUAAAGACACAGAACAGCAGUAUAGAUAGCAGUUCAGAUCCUGUUAUAUUAUAGAAUUGUGGUUGUGUUACCUUAGCAUAUGCUUAUGCUAAAUGAAAAGUCUAAUCCCAACAUUGUUGGACUACCCGAGGUUCCUUUAAAAACUGUUUCAACUAGCCAUCUUUGAUUCGGUCUCUGAUAAAAAAAAUAUUAAAACUUUGAAGAAAUGAAAGAAAA